AUGUCCUCAAAUCCAGCCAAACAAUAUGCUGAUAUCAUGGGAUAUCAACCUGAUGGAAACUUCCUCUAUAAACCUCAAGACGCCCAUGAUUUACCCCUCGGAUCAGUCGGAUAUUUCGACAGAAAUGAAGACUGGGUCCAACUGGCCAAUCUGAUGGAAGAAGGAAAUCCAGAAUCAAACGGAUACGGGCCGUUCCACCACACCCUACAAGUGGGUGAAGUGAAGGAGUGUUUCUGGGACAAGCAAUCUGGCGAUAGUGAGGUGGGACAGAGCUCCCGGGCCACUGUCGAAGCUUCUGGCGCCAUGGCUGCUGCUCCGGUUGACGUGUCGGCCCAGAUGAAGCGCAACAGUUCGUCGACUGGCAGUGCAGCCCUCAUUACCAACUCAGUGGUGCGCAAACACAAACUCAAGAAUCCCUUCAAGCAUGAAAUAAUGGAUUGGGUGGACGAGAACGCGGCAGAGAUCAUCAAGCCCCGGCGUCGCCGUCACGAGAUCAAAAAUCGUGGGCUGUUCGUUAUUAUGGCUGUUUGGGUCACCGAUGAGUGUGCGAUCAAGCUCACUACUGAGAAAAACCGCGAUGUUGAUUUUUCACUGGACUUGGGAGCUACAGGAAUCGGUAAGGUAGGCGGCGGCAUUGGAGCUUAUGACAAGCUUAGUAGAGAAAACUGGGCCACAUACCCCCCAAACAAGACCAAGAAUGGCUACGUCGUCUCGUUUGCAGGCGUGGAGUACUCUCUCAAGUGGCUCGCUAAGAAGCGAAGUGUGCCUGUCGACGUAGAAAGAGAGACAAUUAGUUUACCGGUUCCAAAACCCGGGCCGAUUGACGGUACACCUGAGGGACAAGAGACGUCAGAGUCUGAAGCCGAUAGCGAGGGAGAGGAUGUAGGAGAAAGCGUGUGUAAUGCGUUUGGGAUGGAUGAUAGUGAUGACGAGGAGUAUGCACAGCAGCAAAAAGAGGCUAGGAAAGUGGUGAUGGAAAAGCUUGUGCAAAUUAGGCAGAUUGAAAACGAAGAGCAGAGAAAAGAGGAGUUGACGAAGUUGGUGCAGGAAGACCUGCAGGCUCGGGCUAUCAUCGGGAAGUGGCUUCAGGAACGGGAGGCUCAGGAUUAA